AUGCAUUCUACCUUGCAGGCGGAACUGAGGUUCUCGCAUAUAUUAGCAGCCGCCUGUCGACAUUGCGCCCGACGCACCGCAUCUAAACCUCGUUCACUUCAUUCCGCAACUCGACUGCGCGUACCUCAAGAGUCUCCUGGCAAUUCUAGCUCUCUCAACGCCCGUUUCCUUGCCGAUCACGCAAAAGAACAGGAUCCUCGUCCAGAAGUGGUCAACGGAACGAACAUAAGAGAAUCCAACGCUUCUCGACAACCUCUGAUAGACGCCCCAUCCUCGGGGAAUGCAGACAAGGAACAACCCAACUAUUAUGGCUCCCCGGCCAAACGGCGGUUGCGGAAUCGCGCCCUCAAGGAAAAAGAGCCUGAACUUGAGCCUCCGGGGUGGUUCAUCGAGAACAACAUCCAUAUAUUUGAUCAAGGGGUGCUUUCAUCCAACCAGGCCGCUACUAUUGAGAUAGUCCCCGGCUAUGAAGGCGGAGGUGCGCCUAGUUCUUCCUCUGGUCCAACCGGGGCCCCUGAGAAACCUGAGGAUGACGCAAAUGAGAAUACCUCGAGAAAUGCCGUAGAAAUUGAGGACACCGGUAGUGAGACAAAGUCAGUCAGCCACGAUGGGAGCUCCACCCAAGACGACUCGAAGUCCCCUCACGAUGAUAUGAAGUAUUACAUCGUUGCUGAUCAAUAUGAAGAAGUGGUACGAACCACGAAAGGACUAUUGCGAAGCGCCAAAAGUUCGAUUCUAGCAGAAGUUGAUGACUCCUUGAGGAAUCAUCUCCUGCUGCAAUACACAGGCUCUGAUGGUGCCAUUUUUAUGGAUCAUUUUGUACAACAAUUAUCGCGACAUCUCGGUUGCGACAUGGUAUCUCUCGAUGCGCAAGACAUUUCCGAUUUCAUUAAAGCUUCUGAGCAACUAGACGCCUUUGCCUUUGCCGGCCGUAUGCUAAGCUACGACGUUUUCACGGAAGUAUUCUCGAACCCUUCAUUGGCUCACUCUCAACGACCCCUCGAGGAGGAGGAGGAGGAAGAUGAAGAAGAGGAGGACGAAGAAGAGGCUCUUCCUGACAUAGAUCGAUUAAUGGGAUCAAGGUCGACGUCCAACAUGCCUUUUAUGGUUGGUAGGCCUAUUACCAUUGCUCUCAAGGACCUCUUCCCAUCAGGGCCUCUCAAGUCGUCGUCAUCGUCUUACUCCGGUGGUCGCACAAAAAUGUCGGACCAUUUCGGAACAUCAUCGUCCAUGAAGAGUAAAGCUCGUUCGCCAGACUUUUCAAGUAUCGUUGAUACUAUAGUAAAAAGCGUUUUGACUCUACAAUACGCCGCAACACAGCCUCUAGAAGAACAAGACAAAGAUAAGACACGUUUGGCUGCUGAACAUCGCCAAAAAGUUGCGAAAGAAGCGGGUGUGCCCCAAUGUUCGACAAUCAUCCACAUUAAAGAUCUCCGAGUAAUACAAGACAUCUCCCUUGGCAAUCAUUUCCUCCAAGAACUCUAUCAGGCCAUCUCAACACUACGGCAGACCGGCAAAAAUGUGAUCAUUAUUGGCACCGAUACAGCCCGAAAAGAGAGUCUCCCAAUCACCAGACAAAAAAUCAAUGACAUUCAAGAUGGCAGACUGAUGGAAAUCUCCCAAAAUAUUGUCCUAACCCCAGUGUUGCCAAAUACCAAAUCAAAACUUACACUUCAUCACGACCGCAAACGGCGAUUAGCCACGAUCAAUAUGAGACAUCUGUGGCAAAUGAUGAGACAUCGAGAUAUCACAAUGUUCUCCCAACUUGGAACUGGUUUUUGGGGUCGUGAUUUUUUGAAGGAUAUCCAUCCUGCUGACCGACUAGAACUCGAAAGUCGGCUUUGGAGUUUUGCUUAUGUCCAACGACUUGCUACCUAUCUUGCUGGCACGUUCGGACCAGGUCUAUCUAUAGACCUGAAGACCAUGCCUAUUUCUGGAAAGCCUCUCAUCGAGCAACCUCUUAUCAGCCAAGCAGCAGAUACUUUACGACACAGUGAUGAGAGCAAGACACAGUGGGUAAAUACCUACAGAAAGUUUCACAAAGAUGGUGCGUCAGAAUCCAAGUCAGCCGAAGGUGACUCUAUACCAGCGUUGAUGAAACUGUUCCGAAGUCAAGGAGGUGCCGACGUCGAUGAGCAAGCAGUUCCCUCCUUUGAAGAUUCUCGUUUACGUCAAAUUCGUGCAUCGGCUACCAAAUACGAGAAAAGACUCAUGUCCGGUAUUAUUGAACCGAAGAACAUCAAAACUACCUUCAAUGAUGUACACAUGCCAAUUGAAACCAUUGAUGCUCUUCAAGUCUUGACUACCCUCUCACUCACCCGACCGGAUGCUUUCAAAUAUGGCGUGCUGGCAUCCGACAAGAUCCCCGGACUUCUCCUCUAUGGACCGCCUGGGACAGGAAAGACACUCGCUGCCAAAGCAGUAGCAAAGGAAUCUGGAGCCACCAUGUUGGAAGUUAGUGCUGCAGAUAUCAACGAUAUGUACGUGGGUGAAGGUGAGAAGAAUGUGAAAGCACUCUUCAGCCUUGCCAAGAAACUCUCCCCCUGUGUUGUCUUCCUUGACGAAGCAGACGCCAUCUUCAGUGCCAGGAGCAAUCAGGGUCGUCGUGUCAAUCAUCGUGAGCUGCUCAAUCAAUUCCUCAAAGAAUGGGACGGGAUGAGCAACGAUUCUGGUAGCGCAUUCAUCAUGGUAGCUACGAAUCGACCAAUGGACCUUGAUGACGCUGUUCUGCGACGCCUCCCCCGGCGCCUCCUUGUUGACCUACCCACGGAACCCGACCGGCUCGAAAUCCUGAAAAUCCAUCUCCGAAACGAGGACCUCGCCGAAGACGUCAAUUUACCUUCCCUUGCAAAGAAGACGCCAUUCUACUCUGGCUCGGACCUGAAAAACCUGUGUGUGGCAGCCGCACUGAAUGCUGUCAAGGAAGAGAAUGUACUGGCCAAGCAACAUACCGGAUCAGAGCCCUAUCAACAUCCUGAAAGGCGGACACUAACAGCCAAACAUUUUAACACCUCCAUGGAGGAGAUCAGCGCCAGUAUCAGUGAAGACAUGACCAGCUUGAAAGAUAUCAAAAAAUUCGACGAGCAAUAUGGCGAUAAGAAGGGGAGGAAGAAGAAGACUCCCAAGCUUGGAUUCCCCACCAAAGGAAAGCAGCAGAGAGAUACCGUAAGAGUCAGAGAGUGA